CUGCAGACCCGGAAGCGGGUUUCGUGGAGCGGUGGCCAGUCUGUGGAGUGAUUGAAUUGCCAAGCCUGAUCCUGCCUGAGGAAGAAUCCUGGAAAGGGAGGAAGAGCAAAGGAAAGGAGUCGGGAAUGGCUGUCUGUCAGGGAUGGUUGACCUUCAGGGAUGUGGCCAUAGAGUUCUCUCAGGAGGAGUGGGAGUGCCUGGACCCCGCUCAGAGGGCCUUGUACAGGGACGUGAUGCUCGAGAACUACAGGAACCUGGUCUCCUUGGCUCUCUCUCCCAAAUGUGUGAUCAAGGAACUACCACCAAAAGAAAACAGUAAUACAGGGGAAGUAUUGCAGACAGUUAUAUUGGAAAGACAUGAAAGCCGUGACACCGAAGAUUGUAGCUUCAGAGAAAUCCAGAAAAGUUUUCACGACUCUGAGUGUCAGCGGAGAGACGGUGAAAGAAAUUACGAAGGUGUGCUCGUGACCCUUAACAAAAACCUGACUGGUAGAAGAGACGCAGGAAAUGAGCCGAUUGAAAACAGGUCUGGACUAAGCUUUCAGUCACGUCUGGCUGGCGUGCAGAUACUUCAGACUGAAGGGAAAGUUUACGAAUGUCACCAAGUGGCGAGGUCUGUCAACGAUAGUGCCUCAGUUUCACUACUUCACACAAUUCUUCCAAGAGUCCCGACCAACAUCUCUAAUGAACGUGGGAAUGAUCCCUUGCGUUCUUCAUUACUCCCACAAGACCAGAAAGCGCACAUCAGGGAAGAACCUUACACACGUGAGGAGUGUGACAAAGCAGUGAAUCCCGGUCUACACCCCACUAGACGUCAGGUAAUCCAGACAGGAGAGAAACCGUAUAAAUGUGACAUAUGUGGGAAGGUCUUCAGUCGCAACUCGCACCUCAUACGUCAUCACAGAAUUCACACCGGAGAGAAACCUUACCACUGCAAUGAGUGUGGCAGGGCCUUCAGUGAGUGUUCAGGUCUUACGAGCCAUCAGGUGAUCCAUACGGGAGAGAAGCCUUACAAGUGUAAUGAGUGUGGCAAGGUCUUCAGUCAGAGCUCAGGCCUGGUGAGUCACCGAAGAAUUCACACGGGAGAGAAGCCUUACAAGUGCAACGAAUGUGGCAAAGCCUUUACCUACGGCUCACAGCUCACUAACCACCAGGUAAUCCAUACCGGUGUGAAACCCUACAAAUGUAACGAGUGUGGCAAAGCCUUUAAUCAGAGCUCACAUCUCACUAGACAUCAAAUAAUCCACACGGGAGAGAAACAUUACAAGUGUGACGAAUGCGGGAAGGUCUUCAGUUACGAUUCACACCUUGCGCGUCAUCGCAGGACUCAUUCUGGAGAGAAGCCUUACCAGUGCCAUGAGUGUGGCAGAGCCUUUACUAUGCUGUCGAGCCUUACUUACCAUCAGGUGAUCCAUACUAGAGAGAAACCUUACAAAUGUAAUGAAUGCGGCAAGGUCUUCAGUCAGAGUUCAAGCCUGCCUAGUCAUCGGAGAAUUCAUACUGGAGAGAAACCUUACCAGUGUGAUCAGUGUGGCAGAUCGUUCAUUCAACGCUCCAACCUCACUAGACACCAGAUGAUCCAUACUGGAGAGAAACCUUAUAAAUGUAGUCAUUGUGGCAAGGUCUUCACUCAGAAUUCAAGCCUUGUAAGCCAUCAGAGAAUUCAUACCGGGGAGUAAUCUGACGAACGUAGGGAGUGUGACAACGCAUUUGAUUUGAAGUUCAAGCAUGAGUCGGCAUCAGAGAGCCCACGCUAAAGAGAAAUCACAUAAAUGUAACGUGUGCGGCAGAGGACUUACACAGUCUUCGCAACUCACUAGACAUCGGGAUCUACAUCUCUGAUAAAACCACAUUAAUGUAAUGUGCAUGCUAAGGCUUCUACCCAUGGAUCAAAACUACAGAACAUCACAGGGCCCACACCGGAGAGCAGCCUUACAAAUGUAAUGAAUCUGAGAGGGCUUUUUGUCAAACAUCCUGCCUUUGAUGUCUUUGAUGACAGAGCGUGAGCGGGGGAGGGGCAGAGUGAAAGGGAGACACGGAAUCUGAAGUAGGCUCCAGGCACUGAGCUGUCCGCACAGAGCCCGACGCGGGGCUCGAACCCACGGACUGCAAGACCGUGACCUGAGCCGAAGUCGGACGCUCAACCGACUGAGCCACCCAGGCGCCCUCAGAGAGUUUCUAUGAGGAAUAAAAUAAUGAAAUCUCAAGUUCUCUAAAGUGAGAUACCGAAAUAGUACACACCACAGGAUAAUUGUUUUUUUCAAAAUACCACAGAAUAAAGUCAAAAUGUGUUAAAACUCCAGAUGGGAAGAUAGAUAACACAGAGAUAGAGCAAAGGUAUAUGGAUGCUGAGGAUAAUGUUCUAUGGAAUCUUUUCUGGUUUAAAGUAUUAAAUUCUCUUCAUUUAGUUUCCUUGGUACCUUUGUCCGAGCUCAAUUGGAAGUACUUGUGUGGGGCCAUUUCUGGGUUCUCUGUUCUUUUCCAUUGAUUUAUUUGUGUCUCACUCCACGAAUACAAUGUAGUUUUGAUUACUUUUUACUAUAUUAGUAAUCUUGCAUGAAUGAUUCUGACCACUUUAUUCUUUUUCAGAUGCUCUAGCUAUUCUAGUUCCUUUGCCUUUCUUUAUAAAUUUUAGAAUAAUCUUGUUUGUAUUGUAGAAAAUACCUUGAUAGAAAUUACAUUAACCUAUCAAUUUGUAAUCGUUUGACAUCAUUUCUAUGUUGUAUCUUCCAGUAAAUGGCUGUGGUAGGUCUUUAUUUGUGUAAACUUUUAUAGAUUUUAGCAUCAAAAUCCUGUUAAUGUUUUUGUUAGAUUAACAUAUGUUUGUACUUUUUCCUUUUUGAGCAAUUGUACAUAUAAUUGUAUUUUUAAUUUCAGUUUCCAUGUGUUAACUGCUACUGCAUUGAAGUAAUAUAGAUUUUUUUAAUGUCGAUCUUGAAUAUCUAGAAUUUGCUAAUCUUACAGGGCGCCUAGCUGGCUCAGUUAAAGAGCAUGCAACUCUUGAUCUCCAGGGCAUGAGUUUGAGCCCCACUUUGGGUGUAGAAAUUACUAAAAAAGUAAAUAAAUAAACUUAAAAAAAAAGAAUUUACUAAUCUCACUUUAGAGAUUUGUAGCUUCUCUGGGCUCUUUUCUUUUCUUUUCUUUUUUUUUUUUUAUGUUUGUUCAUUUUUGAGACAAAGACAGAGCAUGACCAGGGGAGGGGCAGAGAG